AUGGAAUUCACAACAGAAUUGGGUUUUACCAUAGCGUUUGCUAUAGUUAUGAUCUUGGCAUUGGUUGGAAACUUGUUGCUGAUAUACAUUGUCUGGAAUACACCUGAAACGAGAGGUCUGACAAGUUUCUUGUUCGUAAAUAUGGCGGUAGCCGAUCUACUGGUUGCAGUAAUUCAGAUGCCCCUCUCCAUGGCUCAUUUUUACUCCACUGGAAUGACUGGUGUGGCGGGUGACCUGUUCUGUAAGUUUUUUAACUAUCUUUUGCAAGUGUCGAUGACAGCCUCCAUUCUCAGUUUGGUUGUGAUGGCAUUUGAUCGAUACUUCGCUGUCAUACACCCUUUGAGGCGAAACAUCUGGUUCCGAAGAUCCAAAAUUAUUCUACCAGUCAUUUGGGUCCCAUCCUGCACUUUAAUGGCAGUAAAUUUAGCCUCUUACGAGGCUAAUUAUGGAAGGUGCUUUUAUAUAGAGAAGCAUAUCCCAAGCGUUAUCCUACUAACGUACCUACUGGUCAUCAACUAUGUCUUGCCUCUCGCCAUCAUUUCCUACCUGUACAUUAAAAUUACGAGAAAAAUAUGGUUCCACGAAAUUCCUGGUCAACACGAAAUUUCUCGAAACAUGGCAGAUGAUCAGAUUCCCAAGAAAAAAGUCCUCCGAACGCUCAUCAUCGUUGUGUUGGUUUUUGCAGUCUGUUGGUUGCCCAUGCAAGUGCUCCAAAUGGACUACGUGGUGACGGCAAGAAUAAAAUGGCAUCCUGCAGCCAUUUACUUUGCCUCUUGGCUCAGUCAGGCUAACAGUGCCAUUAAUCCAUGGCUCUAUAUCCUGCUCAAUGGUAAAAUGAAUGGAGCUUUUCGCAGAAUGAUCGGAAGCCAGAGUGUGAGAAGCAGGGCAUUCAGCAAUACCAGCCAAUCAACCAUGGCCGUAAGCUUUCUCAGAAAUGACUGCUUGGAAGAUACUGCAGUUUAA